GGCAACCAAUAUAAAUAAGAGCGACGUGCUCAUUUUUAACACUCCAGCCGCUCGCAUAUUUCGCUGUUGAUUGAUAUCGAUACUUACUAUAUUGCCAGAGUGAAACGAACGCAUUGUAGUGAUUAAGGGAUAAAACGAGCGUAAAUAAGACAUUUGCCAAAACCGAAUCAGUUGGGUCAGAUAAUUCAGGUCUGCUGGGAUCGUUGACAAAACCGUUAACCCGAGAUUUAACAACUGCACCAGACGUUCAGUAGGACUUCACAUCGAUUAGGAACAUCACGGUUGAAAAAUGCAGACAUUUUUCUGGAAAACGUUGGCAGUUGUUCUAGCCGUAGCAAACGCAGCCGAAUGGGGUUACCACGGCGACAAUGGGCCAUCAAAUUGGAAAAAUGAAUUUGCGGUUUGUGGCGGUCAAAAGCAGAGUCCCAUAAACUUUGAUACAAAUACUAUGCACUAUGACGAGACGCUAACCCCCCUCACUCUAACGAACUAUGCUCAGUUGGAUGCUAAUAAGACCUACAAAGUAAUCAACAAUGGACAUACAGUGACUGUUAUGUUGGAUAAUAUGGACUUUAGACUGAAUGGGGCCGGCUUUGCUAACGACUACAAAGCAGCUCAGUUGCAUUUCCAUUGGGGAACUGACAAUGAAAGAGGCUCAGAGCAUACCCUUAACGGAAACAAAUAUUCAAUGGAGGUACAUAUUGUCCAUUACAACACAGCCAUGGAUAAUGUCUCAUACGCAAUCGACAAGGACAAGGGACUCGCCGUUCUCGGAUUUUUCUUUCAAGUCGGAGAUGCCGACAACACAGCCUACAAUCCUAUUCUCGAUUCUCUGAGCGGUACCGUCUUGAAUGCUACCGGAAUUUCCCAAGCUGAGGGAUCAGUGCCAUCAUUCUCCCUGGAGAGCAUUAUUCCCUCCAUUAGCAGUUUGGACGAUUAUUUCCGUUACUCGGGUAGUCUGACCACUCCUACGUGUGACGAGAGCGUCAUAUGGACAGUCUUCGAGAGUACUAUUCCCAUCUCCAACACACAGAUGAAUAAGUUCAGGCAAAUUAUCUCACAUACAGGGGAAAGGAUCCUCGAUAACUUCAGACCCGUUCAGAAUCUAAAUGCCCGUACUGUUACAACUUCUGACAGUAAUUACCCUACGACUACUACUACAACAGAACAGCCAUCUGGCUCAGCAAGUUCCCUCGCUUUGUCGCUUGUUGCUUUAUGUGCCACAGUCUUUCAGUUUGUAUUGUAAGAAACCCACCCGUGCUGCUCAGUGCCACGUGUAUCACCUUCUUCCAGUUUAUUAACGAGUAGUUUGGCGUCCGUGCCAUUUCCAAUGUAUGUCUUACCAAGAAGGAUUGGCUCCCAGAGACGCAACUCGAUAUACGACCUUGACCUUGACCUUGACCUUGAUCAACAUCAACAUUUAAAAUGUUCUCGAUGUCGUUAUUUUCUGACAUUAUGACUGACGAUAAAUCCAUAAUCAGCAAUCAAAAAGAUUUGAACUAAUAUCUUGAUCACUUCUGGUGUGUUUUGAAUUGUUUGUUUGGAAAUAAGACCAAAACUCGCCAUUCAAAUUUUGAAGUGAAAAAGGUGAAAAAAUAUUUGAUUUUGAAUUUUGUAAACACAAAAUAUUUCCAUAUAUGGUAGAAUAUCGAGAUGGAACCCUGGA